UCAUGAGUCAGUAGCCACCUUGAGAGGAAAAAGCCAAGGGAGGAGAGCCAGGUACUUCGCAACUUGUAGGAUUUUCAUCGACACCUCUUUCCUUAUUAGCUGAUGGGAAACCUGAACUUCUUCUCUGUGCUUGAUACGCGAAGGAAAACCAGACCAACCCUACAACCAGGUGCUAGAAAAGAUUUCCUCAACUCAAGUGGAUUAAUCCAAUGUGGCAGUUACUAUUGCUGCAUUCAAGCAUGAUGGUGCACAGCUAAAGACCUGUCAACAUAUUGACAGUAGCCAACAGUGAUAAUAUGCAAUCCAUCAAGCAAGAGGUGGACUCCAGUGAGUCCUACAGUGGAGAGGAUGCCCUUGUCCUGGCUGUGGCUUUACAGGGGGCUAACAGAGAUGUGAUAGGCCAAAAAAUCCCUGGUAUCCCUUUCAAAGCAAAAAGUACCUGUCGCAGGAAAAGAGAGUUUAUCCCAGAGGAGAAAAAAGAUACGGUUUACUGGGAGAGGCGUCGCAAAAACAACGAGGCGGCCAAGCGCUCCAGGGAGAAGCGGCGGAUAAACGACAUGGUGCUCGAGAACAAGCUGAUGGCCCUGGGGGAGGAAAACGCCUCCCUCAAGGCCGAGCUGCUGUCGCUGAAGCUGAGGUUUGGCCUGGUGAGCUUGGCAGCAUAUACCCAGGAAGUGCAGAAUUUAUCCAGCUCUACCGCCAUCGACCUCUACCAGGAGUUAGUUCCACCCAACGUCAGCCAAAGUUCGUCCGGCAGGGUUUCGGAGCCUCUUCACUUGCGCAGCACCUGCAUAUCAGUCAUCAAGCAUUCCCCCCACAAGCUCGAGACACGCACUGCGGCUCAGGGCAGCUUUGAUAUCUGCAGGCCUGCAGAGGUCAAGCAGGAACCAGCCGAGAACGGCGGCUAUGCACAAGAGCGUAGUAGUCCCUACAAACUCUACAGAAACUACGUGGCCAGCCCUUUGUCUGGAGUCUACUCCCAGCCUGCCUCCUUCCUGCAGCUCACCAGGUCAUCCAGUGACUCCCCCAGGAGCUCAGACGAUGGCGCUGUGAGCAAAUCCUCAGAUGGCGAGGACGAGCAGCAGGUCCCCAAAGGGUUGAUGCCGUCUGCAGCUGACCCAAGAAGUGUCAUUGUCUCCACACACAAAGUGCCAGAUGCCAGUUCUUCGGCAUUGCCCCAUAAACUGCGUAUCAAAGCCAGAACCAUCCCGAUUAAAGUGGAGGCCAUGGACCCUGAAUACGAGUCUUCUGGAAGGUCCUCCUCUCCCGUCAGGAUUUCCGAGGGGGGAUGCUACAGGAGCACUCAGGACUCUUUAGAGUGCACCCAGUUGUCCCCGUGCCCUUUGUCAUUACAGGUCACCAACAUGCAGGACUGGAGCCAGCCGUCUGAGCAGUGGCAUAAAAGCAGCACAGAGACCCCGCAGAAGGGCUGCCAGAGUAGCAGACUAACCACAAGUCCUGUCUCAAACAAAAGCGGUGUGGAUGUAAAAGAACGUUCCUAUGUGCACUCGCAUGCUGAGGACUUGUAUCUAAGACCGGGCCCUGCAUGCCCAUCUGCAAAAGUGGCCUCUCUGAAAAGACUGAUUCCAGCACAGCAAGAAUCCGUGAUAGAGUCAACCAAAAGCCCAACUCAUCAUCAUGAGUCAUUACCACAAGGAUGGUCCUCUGCAUGACCUCUGUGUUUAGUUUUUUUUGCAUUUCCACUGUAUUUGCUGUUGCACUGUGUGGUUCAUAUUGGAGUUAAACAAUGUUUCAAUUAUUGUAACUUUUCAAAUAGAAGGUGUUCAAAUAAUAGCUGUUGGAGCACGAGCAAAGGCUAGUAUUGCUAGUAUAGGCUGAUUUAAAAAAACAAUGAGAAGGCAUGGAAUUACCUGUAGUGUACUGUAGUUCACAAGGUAAAUUCAUUAAAGGUGCUCUAAGCGAUGUCACGCCUUUUUUAGGCUAAAACAUUUUUUUGUCACAUACAGCAAACAUCACCCAACAUUGCUUAGAGCACCUUUUAAAAUGUACAAAGCCACAGCUCUAAUCCCAUCAGUACAUGUCAUUCUCACCACUCUGCUCCUUAGAGUUUCUCAUAUUGCGAUUGUGAUAUGAUUCACAAUAUUGGAGGGAAUGAUCAUUUUUGUAUCCUUAUUCUCAUUUUCAUUGAAAAAUAUUAAAAUUUCAAAAUAUAAAAUGAUCAUAGUGUGAUUGAUGCGAGGAUCUGUACCAAACAGAUUCUCCCUUCAUUCUGUAGGAUAGGGAUUUGUAGGCUGGGACGUCACUAAAUUUAGAAUGGUUUGACACAUAUUUUGCCUUAAACAAAUCUUGCACCCCCCUGGAUAUUGCACUAGUCCAUAUUGUGAUUUCGAUAAAAUUGUGAUUAAUUGUGCAGGCCUAAGUGAUUUUAACAGUCGCUUAUUCAGGGAUAGAAAAACAAAAGGUCAAAGCUAAAGCGACUGGAAUUAAUUGGUGAUUGAAAACAGUACUUCUGUUAGAAAAACCAGCAGAGUGGUGAGUAUGACAGGGCUCUUUUACUGAUUAGGUAAGUGAUGAAUUGUACAUUAUGCUGAAUUUAAACAAAGGAUUUCUGGGCACUGUUGGAGAAUUUACAGUAAAUUGUUAAUUGAUGAUGUGUGACAGACAUCAUUAAUGUGUAGGAUAUUAAUAUGUGUAAAGCUUUUAUUUUUAUUUCACCAAACGAUUCAUGACUGCUGUCCCACCUACUGUCACUGAACACUGUUGCUCUGGUGUUUGUGGAGCAGGAAAAGGCCCCUGUUAUUAACAUCAUCACGUGUUUUCGGCUGGGGGCAGUGUGAUAAAUGUUGCCAAAGGUUUGGACAUUAUUUGCUUUAAAGCUGAAAUCUGUUUUUAACUGAUGUAGUAAUGCUAUUGUAUCCAUUUGUGUGUUGGUGUGGUGACAGGUUUCCAGUCCAUUCGUCUGCUUUAAAGGGAAUGUUCUGUGGUGCUUUAUUUUAUGGGUUUGUCAUUUCUAAAGAAGACAUUUCCUGGAAGGAAUGAUGUCAUUUGGUACUUAUUAUGGGGGGAUAAAGAGGUUUAAUUGGUACUCUUCCAAUUAUAAUUCAAUUAAACUGCUGAUGGAACCUAGAAUUUAGUCAGUGAACAGCAGGUCAGCUGAACAUGUACAAAUAUGGAAUUUGUCUACGGCAAACAAAGUUUUUCUUGAAUUUAAAUGGAGCUUUUUUUUUAAGGACACACUAUUUUCCCUAUAAUUAUUAUCUAAUGACAUAGUUCUUUUCAGGAAACUAAGAACCGGAACCCGUAAAAUACAGCAUUUCUGUUCUCUUUUGUCUUGUUUUAAAAUGCCGAAAGUUCCAGAUUUUUGGCUUUAACCUAAGUUCAGCGUAACUUUUAAAUAGACUCUGGUGCACGGGUUCACUCUUUGCCAAAUAACCAUCGCUUCUCUUUUGUUUUUUUAGUGGAAUUUUGUUGAUUAUUCAAACGUUCCGGUCUGCUGGUUAUACUGUACUGAGACUGUGCGUGACACUGACUGGAGAAUUGUGAUUACAUCUGAUGGAGCUGACACCAGUAGAUCUAAAUGGUUUUAUAAAGCUCUGAUACAUUCUAUCCUCAGAGGUUUGCAACUUCUAGAAAAGUAACACUUGUAUAUCAAGAGUCUCCAGACAUUCAGGCUACAUUUCCAUUGCUACGUUUUGGUUUUAAAAAUGAAUAUCUUCUGCUACGUUCCCCCCUCUCAUUCCCCCUGCUCUGGCGUUUCCCCCUCUCAUUCCCCCUGCUCUGGCGUUUCCCCCUCUCAUUCCCCCUGCUCUGAUGUUUCACAGCCCCUAAAGCGGAGAUCUUUGACAACACCGACACUACGGGUAUAUGAUUCAGAAAAUGGCACAAUUCUAUAUCGAUUUUUAGGCUCAAGAUUUGAUUAAAAAUUUAUUUUCGAUUUUAAAUAAAUAAAUAAAAACAAUUCACA